AUGCCUGCGGCGGAUAGCGCCAAAUCCGGUACUGCCAACGUGGCUACCGGGCAGGUCAUCACAAAAUGCACCCGUCCGGGGACUGUUGCCUUGACCUUCGACGACGGACCAUCUGUCUACACCAACCAAUUGCUGGACCUGCUCAACGAGUACGGAGCUCGAUCCACCUUUUUCAUGAUCGGGGAUGGAAGCCAGGCCUAUCCCGACGUGAUCCAGCGAAUGAGGCGCGAAGGCCAUCAAGUCGCAUCCCACACAUACGACCAUCCCAGCCUCCCCUCUCUGAGCUAUGACCAGACGGUGCAACAGAUGACGAGGCUCGAGGCCGUUCUGCAGCCCGCCAUGGGCGACAUUCCCACAUACAUGCGGCCUCCGUAUUUCGAUAUUAACGAUCAGGUCCUGGGCGUGAUGCGCGAUCUAGGCUACAAGGUCAUCACCUCUAGUAUAGAUACCAAGGAUUACGAGAAUAAUGACCACACACGGAUUGACCACAGCUAUGAGAAAUUCGUCAAUGAGCUCAAUGCCGGCGGUAGCAUUGUGCUGGCCCACGACAUCCACGAACAAACGGUGGUUAACCUCGCUCGGCGGAUGCUGGAGGAGAUCAAGGCGAGAGGUCUGAAGAUGACUACUGUCGGAGAUUGCUUGGGUGAGCCCGCCGAGGCAUGGUACCGUGCGGGUCGUUAG